AAAGUAAGCUACGUUUACUUAUCGGUAGGAAUCUUUUUUUUUCCUGGUGUAGCGAUAAGAUUAAAGGGGUAGCGCUAGAGAUAUUUAUUGAUAGCGCGACACCAAUCAAGUAGCCGGUGCAAAACUCAAACGGAAUUAAACCCCAUAGCCAACUUAUCCGGGAUCGGUUAGAGUCACAGUUGAAAAUCAAAUAAUCAUCAUCCGGAAUGACUGCGUCAUUCCGGACUACCACAAAUUCAAACAACAGUGUAUGUUGAAAAAAAAAAGUAAACAAAUUCAAUCGCGAGAAAACCCAAACUUACAAGCAUAUGUAUAUAUGAUUCCAGACAAAGUAGGCGUUGUGGGGUCUUUUCGUUUCGGAUUCUAUUUUCGGAGCACAUUCGAUAAGUGUCCGUUGUUGAAAUUUGUGGUGGUAAUUCGACUGCAAAAGUGUGCGUUUUUGUUUGUCCGUUUUUUUUUUCGUUGUGCGCCAGAAAUUUGACUGUCGAACGAGCUAUCAACUUACAGAACCUCCCGAAGAUGGUCGACGAAAUGGUGUGGCAGUUAUGCGCCUUGUUGAUCGUUCUGGGCCUGACGAUCUACUACUACGUUUCGAAAAAAUACGAAUACUUCGUGUCCAAGUCGAUUCCCUUCCUGAAGCCGACCUUUCUGCUCGGAAGCACCGGUCCAGUUAUUCUGCGGAAGCGAGGAAUCCUGGAGCACAUCCAGCUGAUGUACAACUCAUUUCCGGAUGCCCGGAUUAUGGGCGCCUUCAGCCUGAUGACGCCGCUUUACAUUCUCCGUGAUCCGGAGAUGAUCAAGAGGGUGACGACGAAGGAUUUCAACCACUUUGUGGACCGGAUGCCACUGGUACCGUGCGAAGAGAAUGAUCUCGUUGCCAGGGAGAGUCUAUUUCUGGGUAGUUUAUUCAAUUUGCUUGGCCAGAGGUGGCGUGAUAUGAGGGCAACGUUAAGCCCAAUGUUUACCGGAAGUAAGAUAAGAAAUAUGUUUGAACUGGUGGUCGAGUGUGGUCAAACGAUGGUGGAGUUUCUACAGUCUAAUACUUCGGGAGAUCUGGAAAUGAAGGACACGUUUCUACGGUUGUGCAACGAUGUGAUUGCUUCAGUGGCAUUCGGAGUUCAGAUCAAUAGCUUUCAAGAUCGGGACAACCAGUUUUUGGCCACUGGAAAGAAAAUCUUCAGUUUGGACGCAAAGAAAGAUUUCGCCAGGUUCAUGCUCAUUAGACUGAUGCCGAAUUUGAUGCACAAAUUAGGAGUUACGAUCGAAAACAGUGAUCGAGCGGAAUAUUUUAGGAAAAUUAUCAUAGAUAACAUACGUCAGCGUAAGGAACAAGGGAUAGUACGUAAUGAUAUGAUUGACACUUUAUUGGCAAUUAGCAAACAGGACGAGAAAUGGUCUGAAAACGAGCUGAUCGCACAGUGCUUCCUAUUUUUCCUAGCUGGAUUGGAUACUGUAGCAACGGCAAUGACAUUUAUGGCUUACGAACUUUGUCUCAAUCCCGAUGUUCAACACAAGCUCUAUCAGGAAGUCUUCAAAAUUGAAGAAUCUCUAACCUACGAAAAGCUACAGCAGAUGACCUACAUGGAUCAGGUAGUGUCAGAAACACUCCGAAAGUGGCCACCGGGAAACGUCCCGGAUCGAUUGUGCACGCAAAACUAUCUCUAUGACGACGGUACCGGAACAAAUUUCACUAUCGAAAGUGGUCAAAUCGUGAUGAUCCCGGUAAGUGCGAUCCACCACGAUCCCAAAUACUACCCGGACCCAGAAAAAUUCCUUCCCGAAAGGUUCAACGCCGAAAACGUUGGUUCGAUUCCGACCGGAGCAUAUCUGCCAUUCGGAAUUGGUCCCAGAAAUUGUAUCGCUUCCCGUUUCGCCCUGAUGGAAAUCAAAACCAUUUUCUAUUGGUUGCUUAAAAGUUUUAGCCUCGAACAGUCAAACAAAACUGAAAUUCCUUUGAUGCUUUCUAAAACGUCUUACUCACUGUUGGCAGAAAAUGGUGUCUGGAUGAAGCUGGAACGCCGUAAAACUUGAAAUACAUGCGGAAAA